UAAGUCAAAAAUCCGUACACAUCCAGUUCAGAUCGGUUGACGACUGUUGAGCAGUCAAAUAAAUUAUAACCCGAAUACAUUUUUUUUUCAUGCGAGAGCAAGAGUCGUAAAAAUUUUGCAUUUUUAGAGUAACGAUUUGGGAUCUGCAAAAUUCACGUGAAUGUUGAGGACCGUUCAGAGCUGUGCCGGUCCGCCGGUGCGCCAGCUGGCCAGCUACGGCUCCAGGUUCACGUACCAGAGCAACCCGAUGGCGCAGCCCCGCCUCGAGAACUACUACCAGGUGCUGAACGUGCCCGUGGGCUCCAGCGGCCAGGAGAUCAGGCGGGCCUUCAUCGAGCUGUCGAAGAAGUACCAUCCGGAUGCCAGCAGCCAGACUGGCGACUCGGCUCUCUUCAUGAAGAUCUGCGAGGCCUACCAGACGCUCCAGCGGCAGCACUCCCGCCAGCUCUACGACUCCCGCCUGCGGAUGCAGCACCAGGCCACGCCUCCGCCGGAGACGGCGUUCACGGGGCGGCAUGUCUGCACGGUGUGGUCGCAGUACCAGUCCGCCGUGCGGAACAAGCAGAUGGGCCGGGGAUCCAGGCGGUUCGGGGCCAUCAAGCCCAUGGUCUUCAAGGGCAGGGUGGUGCUCAACAAGUGGCAGCCCGUGCGAACGGCCCUGGUUGACCUGCAGCGGAUGGGCUUGAAGGGGUCCUGGCAGGAGCCGGAGUACUCCUUUCCGAACAGCCCCAUCUUCUACCUGUACGCAGUUGGAUUCUGUUUCGUGGGCGCAUUGCUCCUGGCCGAUGUGAUCAGUCGAUUGGAAGAACAGCCACCAUCUGAAGAGGGUGAAUUCGAACCGCAAAGCUAAGUCCUUCGGCCUCAACAAUCAUAUAUUCCACCUGCGACAUUUUGUUUUUCUGUCGAAUCGGCCGUUGUUGAACCACUGGUCUCGUUUGAAAGAAAAAUAUAUAAAUCUGUUCGUUAA